GUGUGUAUUUCCUGCCCGAAUCUCUCUCGGGCAGAUUUCCGCCUCGUGCAUUUGCCCAACGGGCAGCACCUGCAACAACCGCUUCAAACUGUUUCACCUCUCUCAGAAGAGAGAGAAAGUUAGAGAGAGAAAGCUCCUGACUGUAUAAAUACCCUGGCGCUCCUGCUCCAAUACCACCUACCUCACUUCCCACCUCGCACACAUUUUUCUCCUUCAAAAUGCGCUCGCAAAAAUACCAAAACCAAAACCAAAACCAUUUAUUCUGAAUAAAUUCGCUUAAGCGUGGUGGUAGAAGUUAGCGUUGGUGCGUUUCAUUUGGUUUCGAUUUGCGUUUCGGAGAAUGUGGAAGGUUGCGCGAUUCGCCGCCUCCAGAUCGCGGCGGUUCUCGACGGCGAUUCCCGGUCCAUGCAAGGUCCACAAACGCGGCACUGAUAUCCUCCACGAUCCUUGGUUCAACAAGGAUACUGGGUUUCCUUUAACUGAAAGGGAUCGAUUGGGGCUUCGGGGUCUCCUUCCUCCUCGUGUCAUUUCAUUUGAGCAUCAAUAUGAUCGCUUUAUGGAUUCAUAUAGAUCUUUGGAGAAGAAUACACACGGCCAAUCUGAUAAAUUUGUUUCUUUAGCAAAAUGGAGGAUCUUAAAUAGACUGCAUGACAGAAACGAGACUCUGUAUUACAGAGUUCUUAUUGAUAACAUCAAAGAGUUUGCUCCAAUAAUCUAUACUCCUACAGUUGGGUUAGUGUGUCAAAAUUAUUCAGGGUUAUUUAGACGCCCGCGAGGAAUGUAUUUUAGUGCCAAAGAUAAAGGAGAGAUGAUGUCAAUGAUCUAUAACUGGCCAGCUCAAGAGGUAGACAUGAUUGUGCUGACAGAUGGUAGUCGUAUUCUUGGCUUGGGUGACCUUGGAGUUCAGGGCAUUGGAAUACCUAUAGGAAAACUUGACAUGUAUGUUGCUGCUGCUGGUAUCAACGCACAAAGAAUACUUCCAGUUAUGUUAGAUGUUGGCACAAACAAUCAAAAGCUACUGGACGAUCCCCUUUAUUUAGGAGUUCGACAACCUAGGUUGGAAGGUGAAGAGUAUUUAUCAAUUGUAGAUGAAUUCAUGGAAGCUGUUUAUGCUCGAUGGCCCAAGGCUAUUGUGCAGUUUGAGGAUUUCCAAAUGAAGUGGGCUUUUGAGACCCUGAACCGAUAUCGAAAAAAGUUUUGUAUGUUUAAUGAUGAUAUACAGGGCACAGCAGGUGUUGCACUUGCUGGACUAUUGGGAACUGUAAGAGCCCAAGGUCUACCACUGUCUGAUAUUUUGAAGCAAAAGAUAGUUGUGGUUGGAGCUGGAAGUGCAGGGCUUGGUGUUCUUAACAUGGCUGUCCAGGCUGUUUCAAUGAUGUCAGGGUCUGCUCCCAAAAGUCAAUUUUUCUUGAUUGAUAAAGAUGGCCUUGUCACGACAGAAAGGAGCAAUCUGGAUCCAGCUGCAGUUCCAUUUGCCAAAAAUCCAAGAGAUCUUGAAGGGCUUACAGAGGGUGCUAGUAUUGUUGAAGUGGUUAAGAAGGUUAAGCCACACGUGCUCCUUGGAUUGUCUGGAGUUGGUGGUGUUUUCAAUGCGGAGGUGCUUAAGGCAAUGAGAGAAUCUGUUUCAACAAAACCUGCUAUCUUUGCCAUGUCUAAUCCCACCAUGAAUGCUGAGUGCACUGCUAUUGAAGCUUUCAGUCAUGCUGGAGAAAAUAUAGUGUUUGCAAGUGGAAGCCCUUUUGAAAAUGUAGAUCUUGGAAAUGGACAAGUUGGCCACGUAAAUCAAGCCAACAACAUGUACCUGUUCCCAGGGAUUGGUUUGGGGACACUUCUAUCAGGUGCUCAUCAUAUAACGGAUGGAAUGUUGCAAGCAGCUGCUCAAUGCCUUGCUUCAUACAUGACAGAUGAAGAUGUCCAAAAAGGAAUCUUGUAUCCAUCCAUUGACUGUAUACGAAAUGUUACAGCAGAGGUUGGGGCUGCUGUUCUACGUGCAGCAGUUGCCGAAGGGCAGGCUGAAGGACAAGGUGAUGCAGGCGUCAAGGAACUUGAAAACAUGUCAAAAGAGGAUAGCGUGGAAUAUGUUAGAGGCAAUAUGUGGUACCCCGAGUAUUGUCCCCUUGUUCAAGAAAAAUAAACUUUUAUGAAGGAAGAAGGCCUUCCUUUUGCUAUUCAUAUCUCACUUCAGCCACCAAGCCGUUUCAUAUUUUUAUAUUUCUAAUCUUAGUAAUUCAUGACUAGUUGAAGCUCAAUUUGUGAGAAGGGGAAAGAGAUGUCUGUCUCCUUUCUAGCAGAAUCUUCUCAAGUAUUAUAUACAGUUCUUAAGGUCUCUUCUCUCUAACCGUCAACUGCAUUGGAAUUUUUCUUUCCAUUAUUAACACUUUCAACCCUGCAGUUCACGGAUUCAUACAUUAAUUAUUAUUUACUUUAAUAAAAAUUCUCUCCCAAAAUGAAGACAAAAAAUUGUAAGAUAUAUUGAUUUUGAGAUUAAUUUUCAUGCACUUUUAAAUCA